AUGGGCUUGGGCCACGAGCAAGGAUUUGGUGCCCCCUGCUUAAAAUGCAAGGAUAAGUGUGAAGGAUUUGAGCUUCAUUUUUGGAGAAAAAUAUGCCGCAACUGCAAAUGUGGCCAGGAAGAGCAUGAUGUCCUCACAAGCAAUGAGGAAGAUCGAAAAGUGGGGAAACUCUUCGAAGAUACAAAAUACACAACCCUUAUUGCAAAGCUGAAGAAUGAUGGCAUUCCCAUGUAUAAACGCAAUGUAAUGAUACUGACUAAUCCAGUGCCGGCCAAGAAGAACAUAUCCAUCAAUACUGUCACUUAUGAGUGGGCUCCUCCUGUUCAGAAUCAGACACUUGCUAGACAGUAUAUGCAGAUGCUACCAAAGGAGAAGCAGCCUGUUGCUGGCUCGGAAGGCGCGCAGUACAGGAAGAAACAGUUGGCGAAGCAGCUGCCUGCUCACGAUCAGGAUCCUUCAAAAUGCCAUGAGCUAUCCCCCAAUGAAGUUAAGCAGAUGGAACAAUUUGUGAAGAAGUACAAAAAUGAGGCGCUUGGCGUAGGAGAUGUCAAGCUCCCUGGUGAGGUGGAAACGAGAGCUACUGACAAGAAUAACUUGAACAAUGGUGACAGAGGCACCUCAGCUGCUGUAGGAGCGAUGGAGGACAAGUCCCCAGAUCGGAAGGCAUCUCAGUAUUCCUGCUAUCGCUGCAAACUAAGCAUGAAAGAAGGUGACCCAGCUGUCUACGCAGAACGUGCAGGAUACGACAAAUUGUGGCACCCAGCUUGUUUUGUCUGUUGCACCUGCAGUGAACUUCUAGUGGACAUGAUCUAUUUCUGGAAGAAUGGUAACUUGUACUGUGGAAGACACUAUUGUGACAGCGAAAAACCCCGCUGUGCUGGAUGUGACGAGCUAAUAUUCAGCAAUGAAUAUACUCAAGCAGAAGGUCAGAACUGGCAUCUGAAACAUUUCUGCUGUUUUGACUGUGAUUGCGUUUUGGCUGGGGAAAUCUAUGUAAUGGUGAAUGACAAACCAGUCUGCAAACCCUGCUACGUGAAGAACCAUGCCGCGAUCUGCCAAGGCUGCCAUGAUGCUAUAGAUCCCGAAGUUCAGCGUGUGACAUACAACAACUUCAACUGGCAUGCUACGCAGGAAUGCUUCUUGUGUUCCUGUUGCAGCAAGUGUCUAAUUGGCCAGAAGUUCAUGCCGGUGGAAGGGAUGGUCUUUUGCUCAGUGGAAUGUAAGAAAAAGAUGAUGUCUUAAGAGAAGACAUGCACAGAACCAAACGUUGCUGUGUUCCAAAGGCUCUUGCAUUUCUACUGUAAAAUAUAUAGUAUCAGGGCAUUUAAAGUCAUUGAAAGUAUUAAAUAGCAUUUUCCCAAAGAUUUUUUUUUUGAAUGAUUAAAACUUGCUAUGUAAUCUUGAUUUCUUA